CCGACCGGCACACACACGCAGCUCCGUCCACUUUGGCCGCGCACGUGGUUCGCUCCGGACACCCGUCCAUGUUCUAGAGCCAUGACCGUGGACAACUCGGUGCGGCGCAACCUGAGCAGCACCCCCUCCAGCAGCAGCAGCAGCAGCAGCAGCAACCUGAGCAACCCCUCGAGCAAAGUGGCUUCGUCGGACACGAGGGCCGCCGCCGCCCCCGAGUGCAGUUCGGACGAGGAGGACGCGGGCCCCGUCCAGCAGCUGUCCUCCUCGGCCAAGGCGUCCAGCAAGUUCAUGAUCACGGACAUCCUGCAGUCGGGGGGGCGCGGGGGCCGCGAGGGCCGCCUCCUGCACCCUUUCGCGGGCUACCCUGAGCUGCAGCAGCCGCAGAACCUGUCGCUGCGCGGCUGCCACGACCCCCUGCAGCUGCACCACCGCCUCGGCGGCCCCCUCCUGCUGCCCCCGCCCCCGCUCCACCUCUUCGCGCCCCUGCACCCCCGCGCCGGCCCCGGCCUCAGCCCCGGCGCCACCAGCAACAGCCCCGCGCCCUCCGACCACAGCUCCGACACCGGACACGACACCGACAGCGGCCUCCCCGGCGAGAACUCCUCCGUCUGCUCAAAUGGUCACGGGGGCGAGGAGGGCCACUCGGGCGGCCACCACGGCGGCGGCGGCGGCCUCACGAAAAAGCAACGCAAGGCGCGGACCGCGUUCACCGACCACCAGCUGCAGACCCUCGAGAAGAGUUUCGAGCGACAAAAGUACCUCAGCGUGCAGGACCGCAUGGAAUUGGCGGCCAAACUCAGCCUCUCGGACACACAAGUCAAAACUUGGUACCAAAACAGACGGACGAAGUGGAAAAGGCAGACCGCGGUGGGUCUGGAGCUGCUGGCGGAAGCGGGAAAUUACGCCGCCUUCCAGCGAAUGUACGGCGCACCCCCGUACUGUGCGUGGCCAUACCCCCCACCCCCGCCACCCGGCCCAGGCCCCAUGGCCCUCACCUCGGCCGCCUCCAGGUCCGCCAGCGUCACACCACCUUCAAGUGCCAGUGUUUCGUCGGCGAGUUCUCCUGGCGCGGCGUCGGUGGUCGAUCUCUACUACCGGCAGGCGGCCGCGGCCGCCGCCGCGGCCGUCACGCUGCAAAAGCCGCUACCAUAUCGUUUGUACCCGAGCGCCAUCGGCAGCACAGGAAGUGCAGCGGGGGGACAUGCACAUCACCCUCAAUUAGUGGCGCCAUUAGCAUUAAGCUCAUUAGCCGCUUCCACGUCGCUGAGUUCGCUGUCGAGUUACUACAACUCGGCGGCGGCGGUGGCCGCCUCCGCCGCCUCCAGAGAACCGCCCCCGGCCGCCUCCAGCGCCCGCAGCAGCAACAGCGGAUCGCGCCCCGGAUCCCCCAAUUAAGCAUGUAAAAUUUACAAAAAAAAGAGGUAAAUUUCUUUUAAGUAUUAAAUUGGAAAAAAUCACCAAUUUAUGUAGAAUUUUGUUUUGUUUGAAUUUUUAUAUUUAUUUGCGUCCGGGGACAUUUGUGUAAAAAAUGAAUUUUAGCAGAUGCGUCAUUUUUGUUUUUCGAAAUCCCCGGUGCGCCAAUUUUGUGAUAUAUAUAAUUAUCGGUAAAAUUAAACUCAUCACACGUUAUAAAAGUUUUGCGUGCAGUGACGUGCACACAGCUGAACCAAAACAAAAGUAUUAACAGAGACAAUUUUUAAUAUAAUUUUUUCCGAUGAAGAAAUGUGUGUAAAUUUUGCCACAUCAUACUUAAUUAUAAACUAUAUCAAUUACUUAAAAGACGACGCUAUGUUUCAUUGAUGGACGUGCAUGUGUCAUAUAAAUUAUUAUAUAUAUAUGAAUGUGUGUAAAUGUUCCAUACGAAUCUCCUACAUAGCUGUGUAUAUAUACAAGAAUUAAAAGUACUUCAUCUCAGCGGCCGCCUGCUUAAAAAACCGCACCGGACAAAAGUUUCAUUUAUUUUUAAUUGUGAAAGUUUAAUCAAACUUGGUCAAAAAUUCAAUUAAAGACCCACGUGGGUGUUUUUUUUUAUUGCUCUUUCGAAAUAUCGCUAAAUUUAGAUCGAAUUACUAUGUUUAAAAUUCCUAAACGUUGCGUCGCAAUCACAAGGAAACCUAUUUCGAGUAAUUCGCGCAAAACAAAUUAGAGAAUUGGGUAUUUUGUCAGUUUGGUAAAAAAAAAAAACUUCAACGUUUGGUCAUUGGUGGCGCUGAGAGCGCUGAUGCCGCUGAUUUUGCCACUCAUUCCCCCACGGCGCUGUGAAGAGACUUGGCAAAAUCAGCGAUCGCAACGCCACCAAUGACCAAAAGCAGAAGUUUUUUUACCAAUCUGACAAAAAUACUCAAUUCUCUAAUUUUUUCGGGCGAGAGAAUUACUCGAAAUAGGUUUCCUUUGAUUGGACGCAAAACGUUUUGGAAUUUUAAAUAUAGUAUUUCAAUCUAAAUUUAGCGAUAUUAAAAAAAAAUAGCAAUAAAAAUUACUGAUUGGGUCUUCAAAAUCCUUUAAAAUUGUCCAACUUUCACAUAUUCAGAAAUAAAUAAAACAUUUUUUCCGCCUUGUGCGGUUCUUGGAAGUCUCAAAAAAUGAUAUUUUUAUCUACGAAGCCACUUUCUCUCUGCAUGCAUUGAAGAAGAAAAUGAUAAUGCAAAAAUCUGAGAUUGAAUUGAAAAUAUACCUCAAAGUAAUUAAUGUCUUUAAAAUUAUUGUAAACAAAGUAAUUAUUUCAACGUGAUUCAUAUUUUUCUAAGCAACAGAGUUGAAGAACCCGUUUUUCCCACGCGUAUAAAUACAGAAGUCUUAAUUUUGUGUAUAAAAAAAGCACCGAUUCCUGAAAACUAAUUAUUUGCAUUUAGAAGAAUAUUUGUCUCUUGGUCUGCCAUCCAUAUUGUUGAAUUCACUCUCAAUCUCUCUCUCAUUCUCACUUGUUAUAGUUUUAAGCUUGGCAUUUUGUAAAUAAAAUGCAAAAAUUUUGUCUCCGAUAGCAAAGUGUACAUGUACGAUCUGUGAAUAUAUAAAAUAAAAACGUAUAAAUC